AUGCUCAUUCGUAUAGAUACACCGAGCAACAGGUUUACUUGGAUAAUGUCAACAAUGUCUUCAACUGCAUGUGGUCCGUUGGCUUCUUUGGUAACACCCUGGAGUUCAUCAUCUAUGAUGGUGCUGAGGAUAUCAGCAACUGUCCCCGUGAUAACAAUCUAUAGAAUUCAAAGUUCCAAAGUUUUCUCAUUUCUCUGUUGA